CACAUGGGGAGGGUUCGGGGAGGAGAAUCAGUUUAACUCAUUGUUGGAAGGAGUCGCGGAAAGCCCACGUAGACCAAUAAUAACCGCAUCCAAAUCGCCUCCUGCGCUUGUUUCCGGGCCGCCAGCUGCUGUCAGACGAUCACCAUGAGCUACUUAACCAGAACGGUGCCCUUGGCCGCCAGGGCUGGCUACAGAUAUGGCUACCGUGGGCUCAGCACUGCCACUAGUCAGACAACGGAGAAGAGCGUUCCAUAUGCCACCACUCUGAAGGAGGAAGGUUCUGCUGACAAAGGUCCUUCCAAGCCCCUGCCUGAAUCUGCAGAUGUGGUGGUCAUUGGUGGGGGCAGUUUGGGAUGUCAGACUACUUACCACUUAGCUAAGAUGGGCAUGAAAAAUGUUGUGCUGCUGGAAAGAGACCGUCUUACCUCGGGGACAACGUGGCACACUGCAGGGCUUUUAUGGCAGCUGCGGCCAAGUGACGUGGAGGUGGAACUGCUGGCUCAUACUCGUAAUGUAGUCAGCCACGACCUGGAGAAAGAGACGGGUCUGCACACUGGAUGGAUAGAGAAUGGUGGUCUCUUCAUUGCCUCCAACAAGCAACGCCUGGAUGAGUAUAAAAGACUCAUGUCCCUUGGAAAGGUUUAUGGUGUCGAAUCGUACGUCCUGUCGCCGGCUGAAACCAAGGAGUUAUAUCCACUCAUGAACGUCAGCGAUCUGUACGGCACCCUCUACGUCCCAAAGGAUGGUACUAUGGACCCUGCUGGCACUUGUACCACCUUGGCCAGGGCUUCGACUGCCAGGGGAGCUCAGGUCAUUGAGAACUGUCCUGUCACUGGCAUCCAAGUAAAGACUGAUGACUUUGGGGUGAAGAGGGUCAUGGCGGUGGAAACGCAGUAUGGCACUGUGCGGACCCCCUGUGUGGUCAACUGUGCAGGUGUCUGGGCGAGAGCUCUGGGACAGAUGGCGGGUGUGAACGUGCCUCUGAUAGCCAUGCACCAUGCCUAUGUGGUCACUGAGCGGAUAGAGGGAAUCCAGAACAUGCCAAAUGUGCGGGACCACGACGCUUCGGUGUACCUCCGUCUCCAAGGUGACGCGUUGUCAGUGGGAGGAUAUGAGUCAAACCCUAUAUUCUGGGAAGAGGUUUCGGAUAAGUUCGCCUUCGGCCUCUUUGAUCUGGAUUGGGAUGUGUUCAUGCAACAUAUCCAGGGGGCGAUCAACCGGGUACCUGCCCUGGAGACUACGGGUAUUAAAUCCACUGUGUGCGGCCCAGAAUCCUUCACUGCGGACCACAAGCCGCUCUUAGGUGAAUCUCCUGAAGUCCGAGGCUUUUUCCUGGGCUGUGGAUUCAAUAGCGCAGGUAUGAUGUUGGGAGGAGGAUGCGGGAAGGAGCUUGCUCACUGGAUUAUUCAUGGUCGCCCAGAGAAAGACAUGUACGGCUAUGACAUCAGGAGAUUCCAUCAUUCCUUAACUAAUCACAACCGUUGGAUCCGUGAGAGGAGCCAUGAGUCUUAUGCCAAAAACUACUCUGUAGUUUUCCCGUAUGAUGAACCGCUGGCUGCUAGGGGCAUGCGGACGGAUCCCUUGUAUGAGGAACUGGUCCAGGAAGGCUGUGUAUUCCAGGAGAGGCAUGGCUGGGAACGGCCUGGGUGGUUUAAUCCAGAAGGUCCAGCUCCGGUUCAAGACUAUGAUUACUAUGGCGCCUACGGUCUUCAGCAACACGAAAACUACACCUACAGUCAACUCCUGGAAAAAGAGUACACCUUUGACUUCCCCCCUCACCACGAUGUGAUCAGGAAAGAAUGUGUUAUGUGCAGGAAAGCGGCGGCUGUCUUCAACAUGUCCUACUUUGGAAAGUUCUACCUAGUUGGGUCGGAUGCAAAGAAGGCGGCUAACUGGCUGUUUACUGCGAACAUCAACAAGAAUCCAGGUUCAACCGUUUAUACUUGCAUGUUGAACAAGAGGGGAGGAACAGAGAGUGACCUUACCGUCAGCGUCCUUGCACCAGAAGGUUCUCCAUUGCCUCUUGCACCAGAAUUUGAAGGUGAAGCUUACUAUCUGGCCAUCGGUGGAGCUGUCGCUCAACACAACUGGAGCCACAUCAACAACGUCCUGCAAGACGAGAAGUUCAAGUGCAAGUUGAUUGACUGUUCUGAAGAUAUGGGGAUGAUAAGCAUUCAGGGGCCUCUCAGUCGCUCCAUUCUUCAACACGUCUUGGAUGAAGAUCUGAGCAAUGAAGCUUUUCCAUUCUCCACGCAUAAGAUUGUCACGGCUGCUGGGUUUAAGGUACGCGCCAUCCGGUUGUCAUUUGUAGGUGAGAUGGGCUGGGAACUGCAUAUGCCUAGGGAGGCCUGUGUGCCCGUAUAUCGAGCUGUCAUGGAAGCUGGAGCCAAGUAUGGAAUGGGCAAUGCCGGGUACAGAGCCAUUGACUCCCUCAGCAUUGAAAAAGGCUAUAGGCACUGGCAUGCUGACCUGCGCCCGGAUGAUACCCCCCUGGAGGCCGGCCUGGGCUUCACCUGCAAACUCAAAUCCAGCAUCCCAUUCCUAGGACGCGAAGCCCUGGAGAAGCAGAAGUCCGAGGGGCUCCAUAGGCGUCUGGUAGGAUUUACUAUCAAUGAGAAGGUCCCUCUAUUUGGUCUGGAAGCCAUUUGGAGAAAUGGAGUAGCUGUUGGUCACAUCCGGAGGUCUGACUUUGGAUUUGCGAUUAAUAAAACCAUUGCAUAUGGAUACAUCCGAAAUCCUGAUGGUGGUCCGGUCACCCUGGAUUUUGUUAACAGUGGAGAAUACAGCCUGGAGAGGAUGGGGGUGACGUACCCUGCAGAAGCCCACCUCAAGUCCCCAUUUGACCCUAACAAUAAUAGGGUCAAGGGGAUAUACUGAACUGGUCCCGGUGACAAAGCCACAUCAUGAGCGCCACUUAUAGAAUCCUCCUACAGUAUUCAGAAGAGCCACCGGGCUCAAUCAUGCAUCAUUGCCUGGAGAACUUGUAUCCAUCGAUGAUUGAUAUCACUUAUGGUCCAUUUUUGAUUUACUGAUCAAGAUGUCAUCUUGUCAGAAAGGACUGAACGCAACAUACUUUACCCAUUAAGCCAUAAUGUACUGUAUUAGCUGGAUCGAUAAUGUACCUAAAAUAACAAGAGUUGAUAAGUUCUCCAGACCCUUCUUUUCGUCAGUGAUCACAAUGGAAACAACCAUGAUGUAGCAUGGACGAAAUGAAGGUCCAUGAUUACCAUCAUGAAUGGUCAUAGAGGUUCUACUGCUGCUCCACACCAACACAUAAAAUGGAACAAUGAGGCUUCAUCGAUUGCCACCUCUCUGCAUUAUAACUAAUAGCAUGGUCCGGACUUCAACAAACAUACAUGAGGGGUUUCAAGGAAGACCUGGUUGUAAGCCAUUUGCAUCCCUCAAGGCUGUGAAAUGGGAUGUUGAACACCCAGUUCUUGAAUUAGCUUUUCCCAAAAUGUCUAUCCAUCCUCCGGAUAGGUCAUCAAUAUCAGAUUGGUGCUUGGGCAAGCGUUGGAGCCUCUUUCUUUGCCUGUGAUGUCACCUCCAUUGGUCGCGUUACAAGUAAAG